AUGCCUCCAAAAACUGAUCGAUUUUAUAAAAAUCAUCUAUAUAAAAUCCUUUCUAAUCCAUCAAAUUAUUCGGAUACAACUUUACAAGAACUCAAUUCAUUACUUCAUGAACAACCUGAUUUAGUCGAUUUUACUCAUCCAAUUGAAGGUUCUUAUUAUCAUGUUAUUUGUCGAAAUAGUCACAGUCAAGACAAUAUUGGUUUUCGAAUGAUCUAUGCAUUGAGUAAUGCUGGUGCUGAUCCAAAUGUAACAGAUGGAAUGGGUAACACACCUUUACAUGAAGCUAUUAUUCAAACUUUCGAUGAUAAUAGUUUUGAUUUAAUCCAGGCUUUAUUUCGUGUUGGAGUUGAUCCACGAAUAGUUAAUCAUGAAGGAAAAACAGCGGAUGUUUAUAUAAAAAAUAAACCACAAUUAAAAGCUUUCUAUAAGGCUUAUGGUGAAGGUAUUUGGGCUGCAAUUGAAACAUGUAAUAUACAAGAAUGUGAACGAUUAAUGACUGGUUUUAUUAAAGUUGAUUGUAAACAUAAUUCAAAUAAAACAUUAUUAGAUAAAGCUUGUGAUUUAAAUUGUCAAUCAAUCAUUGAUAUUCUUGCUAAUUAUCAAAUUACAACAGAAUUUGUUCAUUCAAUAUUAGCAUGUGAUUGGGAUCGAGCAUCACUUAUAUAUGAACAUGAUAAGAAUUCAUUACAAAUCUAUCCAUUAGAUACAAUACAUCGAUUAACAGAUGUUCGAAGAUAUUCCAAAUCUCUAUUAGAAUAUUGUCUUGAUACUCAAUGUUCAAAACCAUUUGAAAUGUUAUUUCAUUCAUCAAUAAUAAAAUAUGAUGUUAAUAUAUUAUGUACUGAUGGUUUACCAUUUUUUUUUCAUUGCUUCGAUGAAUUUAUUACUUAUAAUAUCCGUGAUAAUAUUUUAUUGAAUUCAAAUAUGUCAAUGAAAUCAGCUAAAGGUGAAACAAUUUUAUUUCAUCUUAUCUAUUUAUAUUCAUUAAAAGAAAAUACGGAAUAUUUAAAAAUAUUUUCAAAUAUUAUUUAUAAAAAUCCAUUACUUUUAACACAACGUAAUGAACUCGAACAAACCAUUGUUGAUAUUAUUGAAUCGACACAAUCAAUAUCAAUGCAUAAUAAAUUAAGACCAUUCUAUGAUAUUAUUAUGAAUUUAUUAAUUUCACAAUUAAAAAAUGAUAAAUUUAUUGAACAAUUUAUUUUAAAUAAUUUCGGUUAUUAUUUAUUAAUAUUUUGUAAAAAUAAAACAUUAUUAAUGACAAGAUAUGUUUAUAAAUUAUUACGUUCAUUAAAAUUAUAUCGUUCAUUACCAGUAUUAAUGUUUAAUUUUUUACAAACAAUUAUCGAGAAUAAUUUUGAAAAAUUAAAAUUAAUAUUAAAAUUACAACCGAAUAUUUAUUCUACAAAAGAUUCAUUUGGAAGAACAUGUGUACAUCUAGCAGUACUUCAUCAAAAAUAUGAUAUUUUAAAAUUUUUGUGUAAUAAAUAUAAAACUAUUAUCAAUAUGAAAGAUAAUCUUAAUCGUACAUCUUUUCAUUAUGCUUGUAUGAUGAAUGAUCAAAUAUCUAUGGAAAUUUUAGAACAAGUACAUGCUAAACAAUUAAAUGAUUGUUUGAAUUUUUCUCCGAAUGAUUAUCUUCUUAAUCAUGAAUUACAUUUUGAAAGAUUUUCAUCUCGAAAUUUUCCUGAACAUGAAUUACAACGAAAAUCAAUUGCGAUUAGUAAUUAUUUAAAAAUAGCUUUCUAUUCAAAAUUUAAACAAGCGAUUGAAAAGAAUUCUAUUGAUGAGAUUAAAUUACUUAAUAAUGAAUUGAUUCAAAUGGGUUUUCAUCUAAAAGAUUUCGAUCCAAAUUCAUCUUUAAAUGAUUAUGUUCAAGGUGAACGUUAUAUUCCAUUUUUAUUUCUUGCAUUUGAAUAUCGAGCAAUUCCAGCAAUAAAAUGUUUACUUCAAUUAGGUUUACCUAUCAUUGGUCAAAUAGCUAUAUCAAUAUCGAAAAUGAAUAAUAAAUCUCUUUGGAUGCCAUUUUGUCGACGAUUAGGUGAUCUUCAAUGUUUGGAUAUUAUUGAUAUAAUAGCUGGUUUAGAAGAUGAUGUUGAAUUAAAAGAUGCUUUUAAACAAAAACCUGUACCAAUAGAAAUAAUCAUCCAUGAAAAUUCUAUCAAAACAGAACAACACAAGCAGCAGCAACAACAACAACAACAGCAACUACGUCAUUCAAAUUGGGAAAAAUUAUCUAAAGCAGAAAAACUAAUCAAGUUUUUUAAAGGACAUCAACAAAAUCAGGAUAUAAAAUCAAAAACUGAUGCAAUACGUUAUUAA